CCUUCUGGGCAGCCUGCAGAGCCCCAGCUUCAGGAUUGCUGACAGCACUCAGAGGAACAAGCCCUGGUCUAUCUCCAACCACAGCUCCCUGGCCCAUGGCAUCCCCCUUCCCCACCAGGAGCUGGGGGCAGGUUUCCGGCAACGCCACCCCACUCGUGGCCAACAUCAGCACCACACACACCUCCAACGUCCUCAAUCAGCUCUCGGUGGCCAUCUUCAUAGUCUCCUCCCUGCUGGGCAUGGUGGGCAACGGCCUGGUGGUCUGGGUCACCAGCUUCCGCAUGCGCCGAUCAGUCAACUCGAUCUGGUUCCUGAGCCUGGCGCUGGCCGACCUGCUCUACUCCCUGCUGCUGCCCUUCUACGCCGCCAAGACCACCGCGGGCAAUCACUGGGCCUUCGGCAACUUCCUCUGCAAAGCUGUCAACUCCCUCCUCUUCCUCAGCAUGUUCGCCAGCGUCUUCCAGCUGACGCUCAUCUCAGCCGAUCGCUGCCUGCUGGUGGCCCAGCCCGUCUGGGCCCAGCGGUUCCGCACACCGCGCCGGGCCUGGAGGGCGGCCGGCGGGGCCUGGCUGCUGGCCGGGGCUUUCUCGGUCCCCUACCUGGUCUUCCGGCAGGUGAGCUGCCAGGCCGAGCACUGCAGAUGCAUCAACAAUUUCGGGGAGGGGGCGACGGGAGUGGUGCGGAAGAAGGCCCUGAUCGUGGUGCGGUUCGUGGCCGGCUUCCUGGCACCGCUGCUGGUCAUCACGGCCUGCCACGUGGUCGUGGUGCUGCGGGCCCGGCACCGGGGCUGCCGGCCCAGCCGCACGGCCAAGGUAGUGGCUGCCGUGGUGCUCAGCUUCUUCCUCUGCUGGCUGCCCUACCACGUCUUCAACUUCCUGCACAGCUCGCCGAGAAACCGUGCGGCCAUCAGGAUGGGCGCCUCCCUGGCCUUCAGCCUCACCUGCCUGGGCUCCUUCCUCAACCCCCUGCUCUACGCCUCCCUGGGCCGCCGCUUCCAGGAGGGGCUGCGGGGCAGCAGCCGCGCCCGCUGGCUGGAGGCCGCCCUGGCUGAAGACUCGCUGGGCUGCGGCAGCGGGCACCGGUGCAAACGCUCGCUGGGCUCCACCACCUCCUCUGAGCUGCGGAUGGCGCAGCCGGCUGGCAAAGGGAGCCAGGGGUCUCUUUCCCCGGGCAUGGCGGGUGGGCUGGGCUCCAGCCUGGCUCGCAGAGGGAGGAAGACGAUACCUCCGGUUCCAGAUCUGGAAAGGGGAAGCCAAGGCCCCUGCUCUGGGGCCACGGGAGUUUUUCACCAGAGGAUGAAGCAACCCAGCUUCCCAUCCCACCGGUCCGGGAGGAAGCGAAAGCCCCGGGCAGAGCGCAUCACUGCCCCAGCGCGUCCGUUCUGGCUGGGGCCCAACCCCGGGCAGGGGGCGGGGGCGGGUGACUGUCUGGCAGCCAGUGGGUUCCUGGAAAAUAAGCUCAGGGCCAGACACAAGCGGACGGGGCCAGCGGGCGCUGCCUCCCCAGGUCCUGGCAUGGAGGCCAACGUCUCCGGUCUCUGGCUGACCAGCCCCGGUCCUUCCCCUGUGAAGGCAAAGUCUGACCUGAGCACCAUCAUGGACCUAGUCCAGGUCAUCUUCUACACCGUGGUCUGUGUGGGGGGCUCGCUGGGCAACGGGCUGGUGAUCUGGCUCACCGCCCGCCGGGCCGGCCGCUCCAUCAACUGCGUCUGGUUCCUCAACCUGGCGGUGGCCGACUUCAUCUUCUCGGUCACCCGGGUGGUGCCCCUGGCGAAGAACGCCUUCUACCGCGGGCACUGGCCCUUCGGCGCCUUCCUGUGCCGGGCCACCAGCUUCACCAAGUACCUCAACAUGUUCUGCAGCCUCUUCCUCUUGGCGGCCGUCAGCCUGGACCGCCUGGCGGCCGUGGCCUUCCCAGUGUGGUCCAAGAACCGCCGGGGGCCCCGCCUGGCGUGGGCGGCUGCUGCCGGGGCCUGGGGAGCGGCCGCCGUGGCCAGCCUGCCCUUCUACCUCUACCGCAACCUGGUGCCAGAGGGGAAGGCCAAUGGCCCCAAGUGCUCCUUGACGCUGGGAGAAGGGCCCAAGCUGGCGCUGUAUCUCCUCCGGCUGCUCUGCGGCUUCCUGGCCCCCUUCGCCAUCAUCCUGGCCUGCUACGGGGCCCUGGCAGCCAUGCUGAGGGGGCGCCCGGCCACCGUCCGCUCCAGGAAGCCCUUCAAGGUCAUGGCGGCCAUCGUGGUGACCUUCUUCCUCUGUUGGGCCCCCUACCACCUCUUCCUCCUCCUCAAGCUGGCAGGCAUCAAGGGCCAGGCCAUAGCCGUGGGGCUGCCGCUCGCCUCCUCCCUGGCCUAUCUCAACAGCUGCGCCAACCCCGUCCUCUACUUCUUCAUGGGGCUGGACUUCCGCCGGGCGCUGGGCCGCACCACCUUGGCCGGGGCCUUCCGCCGGGCCCUGCUGGAGGACACGGGCUACGCCGCCGGGUCCCACAACCGCAGGAAGCAGGCGGCCUCCUCCAUGGACGGGCUGGCUGAGAGCUCGGUGGCCCCCAACCUGGCUUGAGAGACCCCGAACUUAUCCAGAACAGGGAGCAGGGCCUGUUGGGCCGAGGGAGGCAGGGACUGAGUGAGGGGGGUGCCCCUGGCAUGGACGGCAGGGGCGAAGAGAGCAGCCCAAAGGCAGAUGCCAAAGAAGCCCCCCAGCCAUCCCACCGUAGACACCAAUGUGCUUCUUCCUGACCAGAGACCUGCGGGUGUCCCCAGAGCGGGGACAGCAGCAAAGAGGGCUACACACAGCCCUACACACACACACAGCACC